AUGAAAACACACCUUCCAGUAUACACACAUAAACCGUCACAAUGCGUAGGCCAGCGCGGUGCUACCGCUACUGCAAGAAUAAACCCUUCCCAAAAUCCAGACACAACCGCGGAGUUGCCGACCCAAAAUGAGCAGGUUUCCUCCAAGGCCCUCGAGGCGGCCCGUAUCCAAGCCAACAAAUAUAUGGUCAAGAACUCCGGCAAGGAGACUUUCCACCUUCGCAUUCGCACACACCCUUACCACGUCAUCCGUAUGAACAAGAUGUUGGCUUGUGCUGGUGCAGAUCGUCUGCAACAGGGUAUGCGUGGCGCAUGGGGUAAACCCGCCGGUAUCGUUGCUCGCGUUAGGGUCAACCAGAUCCUGAUUUUGAUGAGAACGAUCGACCGUUGUGAGCUCCAGGCUAAGACGGCGCUGAAGAAGCCAUGUACAAGUUCCCCGGCCAGCAGAAGGUGGUCGUUAGCAGGAACUGGGGAUUCACGAAGGUGA